GACGUCAAACCAGAGGAGUCCAGCUGCUCUGAGUCAUGCCUGCAGAAGUAUCUAAAGAUGACUCAGCGGAUCUCCAUGAGGUUCCAGGAGUAUCACAUCCAGCAGAACGAGGCUCUGGCAGCUAAAGCCGGACUUCUGGCUCAACCUCGCUGAACUGCAUCAUGGAAAACUGUGGAAUUGUCCUUUUUGUUUUUUUGGAAUAAAAAUGUUGAUCCUGAUGUUUA